AUGAGUACUACUCAAGACUAUUAUCAUGCAACUGCAUUAGCUGCAGCUGCAUUUGCUGUUAAAUCAUUAAUGGAUGAUCAUGAACUAAGGAUUAUUGAUCAAAAAGAUAAAUCAUCCCUGAGCAAGACACCAUCAUCGAUAAUUAAUUAUGUGAAGAGUUGGGAUAAAGGUCCAUCAUUGAAUAAGACACGUUCAAUAAGAAGAACAGAAACUGAAGCAGAUAAAUGGGAGAAAGCUCAAAUGGGUAGGAUCGAAGAAAAGUACUCGAAGAUGAAGGCUAUGAUUCUGGAUUGGGAGAAGAAGAAAAAGGGAAAGGUUAAACACAACAAGGCUGUAACCGAGAGUGAACUGGACUGCAAAAGAUCAAACGCCAUGCAACAUUACCGUGAACAGAUUGAUAGAAUUGAGAAAAUUACAGGACGGGCAAGAGCUCAAACUGAAAAUAAUGAAAGAAAUGAGAAAUUGAAGGUGGGGGAGAAGGCUAAUAAAAUAAGAAAAACUGGGAAACUACCUGCAGCUAACUUUCUCUUUAUUUGUUUCUGA